AUGGACGACUCGCGUUAUCGCUCUCAGCAGCAGCACCAGUCGUCGAGGAACGACCUGCCAAUUUCCUCUCUAGUUUCACCACCGCGAAACGGCACCUCCAGAAUAGUCAUGCAGCAGCCGUCUCCUCAUGACCAUCGCGCAAACCUCCCCCGCCGCUUUACCACCGACUCUGGCCGUGUCCCGACUCUCUCCGGCAUGACUUCGCCCACCAAAUUCCCUGAGCUGUCGCACGACUAUUCCUCAAAUCAAACGCUGCACAAGGUUCAAUUAAUUGAACAGAAGAAAAUGGAGUAUGAGAGAAUCCGAGAGCAGCGGCGCCGCUUCGAGCUGGAAAUGCAAAAGCUCGAUCAGCAACAGCGUCGCGAGGCUCACGAACUCGCCCAGAUGGAGGAGGAGAUGGUUCGUGCCGGCGGCCACCAGUCCGAACCCACCACUCCCCCCGAAUAUCGCGACCAUAACUCGGGCUUUCCCUCCAUGUUCUCGCGACCGAAUCGCUAUUCCACCUCCAGUCUCACCUCGCCCCCGGGUAUUUUCAACCGCCCCGGCAGGUCGGGUUCGCAGGUGACUUCUCCACCAUCCGGCAUCAUGCAGCAUCGUUACGGAUACGAUGAACCCCUGCCCUCGCGAUCCGUUCCCACCACUCGCCGGAACAGCGACGACGAGAAGGAAGAUGCUGUUCGACAGGAUCCUUCUAGCCACCGAUCUGGCAACGCAUUUCACCGCUACUCGAUGCCCGUUACCAAGUCCAAGAAUGGUUUGUAUGAAGUCAAUUUGGACCAGACCAACACCGCCCGAUUCCUGUUCGGCGAGGAUGAACCAAGCGCUUUUCCGCGCCGGGACACUCCUGACCACACUUUUCCUACACUUAUUCGUCGAGAUGACCAGAUCCUUUCUGCAUCUUCUGCUGCUCUCGACCUUGCAUUGUCACCAUCGCCAAAACCUGAUUCCAGCAGAAACUGGACCAAUGUUAACCGACAUCGCGCGCAACAGAGUCUUUCGUCAUUGAAUAUCAACGGUAGCUCCAGCCAGCUCGGUGAUCUCAGCGCCAUCGGAAGCCGCCCUACUUCUAUGCGGCACUCUCUUGAUCUUAAGUACAUUUCCGAAAGUGGUGACGGAAGCGCUGGUGUCAUUUCUCCCAAGAGCAGCCACGUCAUCACAAAUCCUCCAAAGCUUCAGAGCUCCUUUUCUGCCAACGAGGUUCCAACUGUUAAGAACUCUACCGGGUCCUCCACCAUGGCCAACAACGCCAACAACCACGCUCAACAGCAUUUCCAUAACCACAAUGUCAACAUGGGAAGGAUCCCCGCCGGGGCCAUGCCAACACGCCACAGCCGCGAACUCUCCAGCGAUAGCUCCAUGAAUGCUGGCCGAGACCAAGUUGGCGCUUUUCAGUCCAUUCACUCUGCUCUACAAGCAAGUGCCGCCCCAUUCGGCCCCAGCAUGACCACAUCCGCGGCUCCGUACAGCUCAGCGACCGCCACAUCCGCUUCCACCGCACCAGCAAUGAACGGUAUGAAUGGGAUGAACGGCGCCAACGGCUUGAAUGGUGUCGGUGGUAUGAACGCAAUGAAUGGUUUUUCUAGCUACUAUCCUCAGAAUGGUUACCAGAACAACGGUCACAAUGGUGUACAGUUCGGCGGUCCGAUGCUUGCUGCAGGCAUCCAGCAGCUGAAUCUGAAUGGUGUUUCGCCGGGCAACAUGUAUCCCGUGCAGAACUUUCCGGGCUACAAUGGCGUUCCAUUCCAGCACGGGUCUGGGGCACCGCAGAGGGACAGCCAGGCCCGCGUCAUCCAGAAUCGACGCCAACAACUCGACCCAGACGCCAUGUCUCGCUACCAAAACAUGCCCCUUGAAUCCUUCCGCUCGCAGAUUUACGAUCUUUGCAAGGAUCAGCACGGCUGCCGCUAUCUCCAGAAGAAAUUGGAGGAACGAAACCCCGAGCAGGUUCACAUGAUCUGGCUCGAAACCAACCAGCACGUCAUCGAGCUCAUGACGGAUCCAUUUGGUAAUUAUUUGUGCCAAAAGCUCCUCGAAUUCUGCAAUGACGACGAGCGAACCGUUUUGAUCCAGAACGCUUCUCAAGACAUGGUUCGCAUUGCCCUUAACCAGCACGGUACUCGCGCCCUGCAAAAGAUGAUCGAAUACGUGAACACUCCUCAGCAGGUUCAUCUCAUCAUCGAAGCUCUCCGAUUCCGCGUUGUUGAACUGAUCCAGGACUUAAACGGAAACCACGUUAUCCAGAAGUGUCUUAACAAGCUCACUUCUCUAGAUGCCCAGUUCAUCUUUGAUGCUGUUGGUAACAAUUGUAUUGAGGUCGGCACUCAUCGCCAUGGCUGCUGUGUCUUGCAACGCUGCAUCGAUCAUGCAUCUGGAGACCAGAAACAGUGGCUCGUUGCGCGUAUCACUGCGCAUGCCAGAAUCCUUGUCCAGGACCCCUUUGGCAACUAUGUCGUCCAGUACAUCAUCGACCUGAAUGAGCCAACAUUUACCGAACCGGUUGUUGCCACCUUUCAAGGAUGUAUCGGACAGCUUUCGCGCCACAAGUUUAGCUCCAACGUCAUUGAGAAGUGUCUUCGGUGUGCUCAACCACCGUCGAAAGAUAUGAUUGUGGAGGAAAUGCUGGUUCCCGCAGAAAUUGAACGUCUCCUUCGCGACUCUUUUGCAAAUUAUGUCAUCCAGACAGCCUUGGAAUUUGCCACUCCUCAGCUCAAAUAUCGUCUGGUAGAGGCUAUUCGACCGAUUCUGCCCCAGAUCCGCACAACACCUUACGGACGACGCAUUCAAGCAAAGAUCUCGGCCUACGAUAGCCGUGGAAGUGCCGCAUCGAGUGGUCAAGCUACUCCAGCAGACAACACACAGGGUCAAAUUCCUUUGCGACCGAACCACGCUAGAGGCAUGUCUGGCACCGUUGCGCAAAACAACCUCACUGCCAACGGCUCUGGUAAUGGCAACCAGGCCGCCCGCCAGAACUUGCCCCAAUAUGGCGGUAACGUGGCAAUGGCUCCCGCAGCCCCAGUGCAGCCCUCUGUUCAGCAGCCCCAGUUUGGGCACAAUGCUGGUGCCACGAAUGGCGCGACUAUGCAGUCGCCAAUGAAUGGUGCUCCAGAGAACUUGGAGACUCGCUGGGUGUAA